AAAGGGUGAGGAGGAAGAAAGGACGCUGUGAGGUUACGGAAGAAGAACGAGUUUGUUCUAAAAGCAACCAAAAUGGGACUUGUGUCUAUUCAUUCGUUCCUAUUGAAGCGCAUGACUGCAGUAGCCGAAGAAAUAUUUGACGUUGUCAAAGACAGCAUAACUGAAUACGAGCAGGAGAUCGAGCGUCUGAAGCAGGAGAACUGCUGUCUCAGGAACACGCUGAGUCAAAGCAGAGUCUGCAGCCGUGCAGAAACACACCAUGAUACUUCAAUGCCCAAAGGUGAAGUCACGCAAGCUCCCUUGGCUUCAGACAUCUCAGAAAUACGAGUAAAGAUGGAGGUUGCUGCUGUACCAAUGAGCAAUGCUUCAACCAGCACUUCUCCCAUUUCUGAAGAAUUCAAAUGGUGUGAACCCCAUCACUACCAGUCAAAUCUGCCAAAUGUGCUGCUGAGGAAUGAAGAGAAUCUUGGGACAGAUGCAGAAUCAUCAAUCACAGUUAAGUCAGAGCAGUCUGAUAAUCAGGCUAAUCAUUCAUACUCUGCUGCAGUGGAGGUUUGCAUCGAUUCCCAAACUGAAUAUCCAGCACCUCAACAAGAUCCCACGUCUUUUCAACUUUACACUGAGACUUCUAAUGAGACGAGACCAAAGGCUGGUCAGCGUCAACAGAAUAUAUUAUUUUGCAGGUUUUGCAGAAGGCUCUUCCGCACCAGAGGACGCUUGCAGAAACACCUGCUAGUGCACAAGAAUGAUGUAUAUUUAUGGAACAGUGCCCCAUCUGGGAGUCGAUUCAAAUCCAAAAUCCAUUUGAAGCCACAGGAGAGGCUGCAUACAGAAAGACAAGCAGAGACAAAUUGGACUGGAGAACUGCCAGGCUCGCAGCGCUCCCAUGUGGACACAAACCAACGCAACUCUGACAAAUUAAGUUCAUCCGAUCAAGACCAUGGGAAUUAUCCUUUCUACUGCAAGGUAUGCGACAGACCUUUCAGACGUCAAAAGAGCAUGCAAAACCACAUGCUUUUGCACCAGGAUGAGCGAAACUACGCUUGUCAGUUCUGCGGGAGGAAAUUCCAUAAGAGCUGGCAUCUGGCAGAACAUUUGCGGAUUCACACUGGAGAAAAACCAUUUGGAUGCAGUGAAUGCGGAAAGAGGUUUGUUCAGUGGAAUCAGGCAAGAUCACACAUAAUCAAGCACCACGAAGGAAACAUGUCUCUGUUAACAAAGGCAUGAUCCUGUAACCUGCUUUUUGCUAUUAUCUCUUGUUUAUCUUGAAAAUUCAGUCAGUCAUAAUUUAGAAUUUUAAAUGUUGAUUCAUAUUUAUGCCAUGGAUUUUGUAGAUAUAUACAUUCCUCGUUCCCAAUGUCUGUCAUUUACAAAGAAUUAUAACUUUAUUAUUAUGUUCAUGUAAUAUGACUAAUAUUCAUUGUUUCAAAGCAUCUUUACAGUAAAAAUGUAUAGACUCCAGUACUAAUUUGGGAAAUUUCAUAGGACGUUAUUGUGUGGUUCUUUUGAAUGUUUCAUUAAACAUUAGGCUCCAGUAUGUUUGUCAUUAUUUGCCCAGCAAGCAAACCAAAGGCAACUCUUAUUAUA